CCACACACCACGCUAGUCCUCGCUACGAUACAAUUGCUUCAACAGACAUUACUCUAGAGAAUCUCUUCUUCGAAGUCUUCCCUCACAAGAGCCACCGACCAUGUUCCUUCUCGGUCGUCAGCUCCCGGACAGUCAGAAGGUCUCGAUUGCUCUCACAGCCUUCUAUGGUCUCUCACACACUCUCGCAUCCCGACUAUGUGCCAGACUUCAGCUGCACGAAGCCGCCAAGGUUGGCGAGCUGACGGAUGGACAAGUGACGCAGAUGAGCGCCUACCUGAGCAGUCCCGGCAGUAUCCCCGCACAGCAAGGCAAGAUCACCCGGAGUCCACUCAUUGGCCAAAAGGGAAAGGAGACGUCUACUUCCACUUCUAGCUCGGCCUCUUCUUCCAGUAGUAGUAGCAGCAGCAGCACUUCUCUCCCACCUUCGCAGCGCGCAUCGCCAUCGAGCGAUCCGCUACGUUCUCUCCUACUAGAGUCGGAUCUGCGAAGGGCAAUGCAGGCCAAUAUCGCUCAUCACCGUAAUGUGGGGAGCUACAAGGGGAAGCGACACCAGCAGGGCUUGCCUGUGAGGGGACAGAGGACCAGUUCGAAUGGUCUAACGGCGAGGAAAUUGAACCGGAUUGAGAGGAGGGGGUAUGCCAGCUUGGUUGGGUCGAGCAGGUGAGUCCAUAGGUACGGGGUAUGGAAUGACAAAAGAACUGCAGUAGCGAGAAAUCAGAGCAAGGGUGGCAGACAGGACGCAAAGGAUAGCAGAAGCUCUCGCGGAGCGCAGUCAGAGGCUCCAUGACUCGUCCGGUCGGUGGAGCAGUAGUCUUUUCAAUCGCUGAGAACGUCUCGCUGACCUCUACCAUCCCCGUCUGCCUUCCCUUUCCCGACCGUCUACCCAGCAUGGCUGCAUCUUCGACAUUAUCUACACAGCGUACAACGGUGACCUCGCUGCU